UUAGGUAGAUCCCAGACAACGGACAGACCAUUCACAGUAGCGCCAGAUGAAAGAUUGUAAUUGCGGCUAUCAUGAGGCAUUUGAUUAUUACAGUAGCUUUUGUUCUAAUCAGUGAUUUGCUCAUUAGCGCCAUUCGAGUAACUUACCGAUCAUGUACAGAUGCUCCUGCUCAAUCCGGAAUCUACUGGAUCAGCAUAGCGAAUAAUGCCGCUCCAUUUCAAGUUUACUGUGAACAGGAGAAAUUUGCUGGGAAUUGGUUGGUGGUGCAGAGCCGUAACGAUGCUUCAACAAACUUCAAUCGCAGUUGGAAUGAAUACAAAUUUGGAUUUGGAAAUCUGAGGAACAAUUUUUGGUUGGGUCUGGAGAAAUUGCAUCAGCUAACCAGCUCAUCCAGUUACGAUCUGAUGGUAGUCAUGGAGAACUACCUUGAUUUCAUGGCUUUUCAAAGGUACGAAAACUUCGCAGUGAACGAUGAAUCGGAGGGGUACAGUUUGAGCUUAUCGGAUAGGAAUACCGGAACAGCAGGUGAUUCAUUGCUUAUCUAUAAUGGUGAAAAGUUUAGCACUUACGACCGGGUGAACAACAAAGGCACCGCGAAUUGUGCUGCAGAGAUGGGAGGGGGAUAUUGGCACUACGAUUGUAGGAAGAUUUUGAGUACAAGGAGUAAUUUGAACGGAUUGUACGAUGUUGAUCACAUCAUGAGGAAUGGAAGUGGAAUGAGGUGGGGAAUGUUUGGAGGCACCGGUAAACCUCUCAAAAGGACUAGAAUGAUGAUCAAACUACGUGAGUGAAAACUACUUACGAGUGUCAUGACAAUGUGUUAUAUUUUGUUAUACAUUUAAGGGAUUUUGAUGACUACAAUACAAAGUUUGAAUUUACAGUUUAAUUAGUCAAUAUACCGUAACUUAAACUUGAGCUACAGAUUCUAUAGUUGGCAGUCGUA